AUGGGUGACCUUGAGAAGGGCAAGAAGGUCUUUGUUCAGAAGGGUGCCCAGUGCCACACUGUAGAAAAGGGAGGCAAGCACAAGACGGGGCCAAACCUCCAUGGUCUGUUUGGGCAGAAGACAGGUCAGGCUCCUGGAUUCACUUACACAGAUGCCAACAAGCACAAAGGCAUCCCCUGGGGAGAGGAGACACUGCUGGAACACUUGGAGAAUCCCAAGAAGUACAUCCCUGGAACGAAAAUGGUCUUCACUGGCAUUAAGACGGAGGGAGAAAGGGACGUCUUGGUAGCUUGUCUCAAAAAAGCUACUCAUGAGUAAAAGUUGGCCACCGCCCUGUUCAUUACAAGACCGACAUGUGUCAUGACUUUUAUGUGUGUACCAUAUUUAAACUGAUCUCAUACA